AUGAGUUUCCGUGCUUUGACCUUGAAGGCUUCAGCUAGACCAUUGCUGACCCUUGGAGCUCGUCAAGCUCCAAUUGGCGUUCGUUACAUGUCAACCCCAGCUCCACAGGAUCCAAAGGCCAAGGCUUCUUCUAUAAUCGAUGCUCUACCAGGUAAUAGUGCUUUGUCUAAGACUGGUAUCUUAGCUACCUCUACUGCUGCGGCUGUUUAUGCAAUUUCCAAUGAACUUUACGUUGUUAACGAUGAAACUAUCCUAUUAGGUACCUUUAUUGGGUUUGCUUUUAUUGUUGCUAAAUUCUUGGCUCCUGCUUACAAAGAUUUCGCCGAUGGCAGAGUUAAGCAAGUUUCCGAUGUUUUGAAUGCUUCUAGAGCCAAACAUGUGGAUGCUGUUAAGCAAAGAAUCGAAUCAGUCUCAGAAUUGCAGAACGUUUCUGACACUACCAAGGUUUUGUUCGACGUUUCCAAAGAAACUGUCGAAUUGGAGGCCAAGGCUUUUGAAUUGAAGCAACAAGUCGAGUUGGCUACUGAAGCCAAAUCUGUCCUUGACUCCUGGGUCAGAUAUGAGGCAUCAGUUCGCCAACUGCAACAACAGCAAUUGGCUGAAGCCGUUAUCUCUAAGGUCAAUUCUGAAUUGGCCAACCCCAAGUUCCAAGACAAAGUGUUGCAACAAUCCGUUGCUGACGUUGAAAAGUUGUUCGCCGGUUUAAAGUAG